AUGUUAGGAAAUAACUCAGAUUCCACAAUAAAUGAUCUAGACCUUAAUUGUUCAUCAAUUGAUGAAGUAAAACAAUUAAGAGGAAGAUUAAGCUUAAAAUUAUUGAUGACUUUGGACCCUUAUAUAGAAACAAUUCUACAUCAAACGCCUUUUGUUACUGGUUAUCAUAUGACUUCACAGGAUAAAUGGUCGAGGAUGGGAAUUGAAGGUUUUUUAUAUGUGGUAACGAGGACUAAGAGUCCUAAACAUAGCUUCAUUCUGGUUAAUAAAAAGUCAGAAAAUCAUCUCAUCGAGUACUUAACGCCAGAAUUUCAAAUGAAUUCCAGUGGGAAUUUUAUAUUUUAUCGCAGUUUAGAUAUUACGAAAAAUUUUCUGAAUAAUCUUCAAGGAUUAUGGUUUUUUGAUGAAAACGAGUGUAAAACAACGUACGAAAAGCUUGGUGAAAUUACCAACAGAAAGUCAACUCUAGAGUUCAAUUUCAACUCUAUAAAUUCACUAUGUAGUGAACUCAGUGAUUCAAAUGAUUUUGAUACAACCACUGAAUCCAAACCAGAUACUAGUGCAACAAGCCAAAUAAAAUCUAUUGGAUCAUUUAUACUUAAUGCUAUAAACUUUAAUAAAUCGAGUUCUAACUAUGAUGUUAAAACGGGCACUGAGCCAACAGGUGAUACAAUCAGUAUUACUAAAAAUAUCUUUAAAACUAAUGAAACAAGUAAAAAUGGAGAAGUGGAGAAGAAAGCGGAGAAAAUGGAAGUAGAGGGAAAGAAUGUUCACGGAAAACAACUAAUGAGUUUACUAAAACCAAAUAAAAACGAGGAAAAAUCGCCUAAAUUACAACCUAAAUCCGAACCAAAAUCGCCAGUAAACAAGGUUGCAUCACCUGAAAAUCAAACAAUAAAAGUAACAUACCAAAACUUAAAGAAAGCAGUUUCUGAAGUAGUACAAUCUGAGGAAUUCAUUUCACUAAUUUGGAAAAAAUUAAGUCAACACAAUCCAUAA